AUGAAGCUGCCCCUUUCCAGGAAAGCAAGAAUCCUCAUAUUGCUGGUGAUCGACAGCCUCUUCUUCCUCGCCGAAAUCAUCCUGGGAUAUUAUGUCGGUUCCCUGGCUCUUGUCGCCGAUGCAUUCCACAUGCUCAAUGAUGUCCUAUCCCUUGUCGUCGCGCUCUAUGCUAUCAAACUCGCUACCGCCCCUUCCUCCGCUCGCAACUCAUAUGGCUGGCAACGUGCAGAAAUCCUCGGUGCUCUGAUCAACGGUGUCUUCCUCGUCGCUAUCAGCGUCUCUAUCGGCCUGCAAUCGAUCGAGCGAUUCGUCAGUCCUGAGGAGAUCAGCGACCCCAGGUUGGUUGUCAUUGUGGGAUGUCUGGGCGUGGCGAGUAAUGUGAUGGGCUUGUUCUUGUUUCAUGAGCAUGGGCACGCGCACGGAGGGCAUUCACAUUCUCAUUCACACGACGAGGUCGAAGCUGCUCCCCAUCCACACUCUUCCGCUACACUCGUACACAACAACGACCUCCACCCCACCCACUCUCAUCUCUCGCACGCCCACUCCCACCACUCCCGUAUCCCUCCUCACGACCCCUCCGAGCUCUAUGUCCACCCCUCUCAGACCCGGCGCCAAGUUAUCCAAACCGCCCACGAGAUGGGGUACAACAGCGUCUACAGCAAGCGCUCCAGCGUCUCAAGUCUGUACGGUACACCUGCUGGCUCUUCCGCAUCUGCGGCAUCUUACAAAGAGUCGGAGAAGGCUGGAGCCCAUGAGAAGUAUGGAAGUGGGGCAAGACGGAGCUGGGGCAAGGGAUGGCUUGACAAGAUGGGGAUGCAGUCCGCUAUUGAGGAAGAAGAGGAGCAGUUGAAAGGCGGUUCGAGUGGAACUCUUGCAGGACACCUUCACCAUCACCGUCCUGAGCAAGACUCGUCUGCCACUUUGGCUCCACGAGGCGCUUCUUCGUCUGCUCUUGUUCUCGGCCCAGUCAUUUCGGAGAAGCCUCAUCAACAUGGGCCAGGCUGCUCGCAUCACCAUCCUCCCCAAAACAACAGCCGUGCCCCGGAUCACGACCACGAUCACGCCCAUGAUCAAAACCAUAGUCAUGGGCAUCCCGACGUCGCUUUCUCUGCGAAAGUGCCCCAUCCGCAUUCCCAUACUCACUCUCACGGCGGACACACCCAUGACGAGCAACCCCAUGGUGAGCUUCCCCAUGGUGGGCACUCUCAUGGUGGGCACUCUCACGGCGGGCACUCGCAUGGUCACAUGAACAUGCACGGCGUCUUCCUUCAUGUCUUGGGAGACUUCUUUGGGAAUAUUGGGGUCAUUGUGUCUGGUAUCAUAAUAUGGUUUGGCAAGGGUCGAUGGACAAUCUACAUGGAUCCGACCAUCUCACUCCUGAUUACUGUCAUCAUCCUCUUCUCCGCCAUUCCCCUCUGCCGAUCCGCCUCCUACAUCCUUCUCCAAGGUGUCCCUUCCCACAUCGCCCUCGACGACGUACGCCAAGCCAUCUACGAGAUCAGUAAUGUAGAGGCAGUACACGAGCUGCACGUGUGGCAGUUGAACGAGAACACGGUUGUAGGCAGUGUACAUGUUCUGGUGAAGAAGGGGCAGGAAGCGAGGAGGGAGUUUAUGGAGGUGGCGAAGGAAGUCAGAGAGGUGAUGCACGAGUUUGGGAUUCAUAGUGUCACUAUCCAACCUGAGUGA